CUAAGCCUUAUGAUUUCGAAAAUGACACUUCACAGCUUUGAUAACAGACGUUCGAACGGAGUAAACGCGGGUUCUGAAGUUAUGGAGGCAGCAAGAUAAUAACACACAAAUAAUAACAGCUACGGUUUUGAGAGCUUUACUUGUAAUGGUGUCACAGCCCAAGAGCGGGCAGAAGAAGACGAUGGAGCAGUGGGGAGCCGGCGAGGCGGGCAGGGUGGCGGACAGCGAACCGUUACUGAACCAGCAAACCCAUGAGAUAGAGCUCUCCCACUCCACCAAUGCUGGAGAAGAAGGAAGCAGGGUUGGCCAACCAGAGGAAGAGGAGAAGAGCUUUGUGGCCAGCCUGUACAGUUUCAUGAAGGAUAGGGGUACACCCAUUGAGAGGAUACCACACCUGGGCUUCAAGCAGAUUAACCUCUGGAGAAUCUUCAAAGCCGUGGAGAAACUAGGUGGAUAUGACUCUGUGACAGCUCAGCGGCUGUGGAAGAACGUGUAUGAUGAGCUGGGUGGCAGCCCGGGCAGUACCAGCGCUGCCACCUGCACCCGCAGGCAUUACGAGAGGCUUGUGCUGCCCUUUGAGAGGCAGAUUAGAGGAGAGGAGGACAAGCCCCUGCCUCCCGCCAAGCCCCGGAAGCAGUAUAAGAAGAGCAUGGAGGGCAAGAGCGGGAAGACCGAGGGCAAGAGGAAGAGGAGCCAGCUGGAGGGGGAUGGCGAGGGGCGCUCUGAGCAGGCCCAGGGGAAGCCGGGGGAGGCCAGCCCCUGCGAGGCGAAGGACCAGCCCGCCUCGGCCUGCACCGUUUCCCAGCCGACCAAGAGCCUCUUCGCCGGCCUCCAUUCCUCGGGCGGGGAGGUCAUCUCCCCUCUGGAGAAGAAGAAGCGCGUGGCCCAGGCCAGCCUCUCCCUCUCCCAGGCCGGCUCCAGCCCUGACCAGGACAGCAGAGGGAGGCCGUCCGUCAUUCACUGUGCCCAGUCCCCUGGGCUGCCCCGCUCUGGCAGGUCCCGAGAGUCUUCUGAAGGCUCCACUAUACCUCACUCCUCAUCCUCCUCGCGUAGCCCCUCCCCCUGCUCUGUCUCCUCCGAAGACUGCCCGGAGAAAAGGCCACCUUACGAAACUUACGAGGAUGAUUACAGCUGCGCCGCCUACUAUGGUAUCUACAUGCCAAACAACUGUUCCAUCAGCGUCAAGGACUCUACCGCCCACCUCCAACACCACAGAGACAGCCAACAGCUCGGCUUGUCCUCCGCUGAAGACUGCCCCCCCGCCCCAGGCCCGGAGAAAGUGGCACCUUACCAGGAUGAUUUCACCUCCGCCGCCUACUAUGGUGAAGUCUACAAGCCAGAGAGCUGUUCCACCAGCGUCAAGGACUCUACCGCCCACCUCCAACACCACAGAGACAGCCAACAGCUCGGCUUGUCCUCCGCUGAAGACUGCCCCCCCGCCCCAGGCCCGGAGAAAGUGGCACCUUACCAGGAUGAUUUCACCUCCGCCGCCUACUAUGGUGAAGUCUGCAAGCCAGAGAGCUGUUCCACCAGCGUCAAGGACUCUACCGCCCACCUCCAACACCACAGAGACAGCCGACAGCUCGGCUUGUCCUCCGCUGAAGACUGCCCCCCGCCCCAGGCCCGGAGAAAGUGGCACCUUACCAGGAUGAUUUCACCUCCGCCGCCUACUAUGGUGAAGUCUGCAAGCCAGAGAGCUGUUCCACCAGCGUCAAGGACUCUACCGCCCACCUCCAACACCACAGAGACAGCCGACAGCUCGGCUCGUCCUCCGCUGAAGACUGCCCCCCCGCCCCAGGCCCGGAGAAAGUGGCACCUUACCAGGAUGAUUUCACCUCCGCCGCCUACUAUGGUGAAGUCUACAAGCCAGAGAGCUGUUCCACCAGCGUCAAGGACUCUACCGCCCACCUCCAACACCACAGAGACAGCCGACAGCUCGGCUCGUCCUCCGCCGAACUUGUGGGGGGUAAAGGACAAACCCCCGACUGGAGCCCGGGCUGCAGAGGGGAGAACGUGCCCCCCGCGCUCAAAACUCUCCCGCCCACCUCCUCUACCUCAGCCGAAAUGGGCCCCAAAGCAUGCUGGGCCUCCUCAGUCCAGCUUCACCAAGGUGCUGCCCAAAUCCGGGGAGCAUCUGGGACAUGGCUCCUUUCAGCCGGGCCACAAACACCACCAGAGCCAUAAGAGGCUGCUGCCGGAGGACGCGUCGGUGUACGCAAAGAAACUGCAAAUGGUUCCCCCUCUGCACCACAGAGAAGCCAAGGAGAGAUCCAAGCUGGGCUUGCCCAAGCCGCUGCCCACCCAGCAUUCUCUGCUCCACCCUCAGGCCAGCCUUCCCAUAUCCUACUUGCUCCCGGCUUAUGAGAGGACCAGAUUGGUCUCGGCCCACCAGCUCAAAGGACUGUCCCUGCAUCCGCUUCUCCCCGCCCACCUGGCUGUUCCUUCCCAGCCCGGCUCCAUGUACCGCCACGUCAUGACGGGGACUCCUUACGCCUUCCCCUACGAGACUUUGCCCCGUCCCCGUCCUUAUCAGAUCCCGUUCUGGCACCCCCAAGCCGGAUACGCCAUAGCGGGCCUCAACCCACAUUAUCCCAACACUAAACUGUGACCCCCAUAUUACAAGUUGAAGCUCAAAUGUGAAAUACAUUGAUGUGAGGAUAAUUUAUGUGACUGGAAUCGGGCCCAAUACAUUUUUCAACCAUUUUGUGGUGGAAAUGCCUUCCAUGCGAGUGUUCCGUAGAGCAUUGAGUUUUUUCUCUACACAGAAAAGGGCAGUAUUGUUCUCUGAUUGGUGAAGUCUUUGUUGUGAGACUUUGAGACUUGAAUGGAUUGAAAUGGCCAGUAUAAACUUGAAAUGAAAGGGCUGUCUAUCGUGGACCAUAUAAUGUUAGACCAAAAAGUGCUCAAGUAAAAUUGACAACUGUAGUUUCAGAAAAGCAAUAAAACUACUGAUAUUUCCUUGAA